GACACUACUUUUAAAAAGCCCAGUAUCAGGUUCAAGGGAAACCAUGGGGUAAUAUCGUUACCAGUUCGAAAGUCUUCCGAUAGUUUAAAUGGAGAAAGAGUAUUUAAUUUUUCUAUGACUCCUGUCAAUGAGAGGGGAAGUUAUGAAUGUGUACAGCAAUGUAAAAACAGAAAUGGUGCACCCCAUUUGGAACAGCAGGGAACGGUGCAGAAAAAACUACAGAUACUGGCCACAGACGAGGUGUACCAAGCUACCAAGGACAAGAUGACCCUUGCAGAAGAAGAAAUGAGGAAAUCAACGACGAAAGUCAUUGACAAAGUUACAGGGAGGAAUAUAGGUCAUAAAGUGAAAGUGAAGAAGUCACAAUAUCCGCAUAGUUCUAGUAAACAUGCAUUGGUCAGUCGGAGUAACGGAAGCAAGACAUUGCCAGCAAAGAAAAUGACAAGUACUAAGCCUCCGGGAGGAGGAACGCACAUAAUUCCAAAGAUUCAUAAAGCCUCUUAUAGAGAUAAUAUAAUUCAUUUACUCGCAUUGAAACCUUACAAGAAACCCGAGUUGAUACUUAGAUUACAGCGCCUUGGUGUCAAUCAAAAAGACAGGAGUCAGUUAGGAACAAUAUUACAGCAGGUUGCCACAAUGAAAGACAAUACAUUUACGUUAAACAAACAUGUCUAUAACGAAGUGAGAGAAGACUGGUUUACUUACUCAGACGAUGAUCGCAGAGUUCUUAGAAGUAAAUUAGCCCAGAUAAGGAAUGGUAACGAAUACUCACCGACACAAAAUGGUCAUAGUUUAAGCCCUUCUUCUACCACAGCCACUAGUCCAAGUAGUCCCCAGAAAAGACCCGCUGAGCCUGACAAUAGUAUGGACCCUAAAAGUAAGCGUCAGCGUAUAGCGCAUACGGCCAGGCCUACUCCAGCACUAAAUAACAAUAAUAAUGUAAAUGGUGGUGCCAUCACAAACAACACUUUACUGAACAUCAAAUCUGAUGCGAUAACAUCGACAAGAUUAUCACCCACGCUCGACAAAGUCACCACGUCAAACUCAGACUCUAAACGCCGGGAUCUUCAAGAGAAAAAUAACAGAAUCAUUAAAGGUAGCGGCGAUAAAAAGCACCGGGACGGAAAUGAGUUGAAAACCAGUCCCAAUAGACUGAAAAAAGCCAGUAGCAAAAUUAGUCCUGAUAGAGGAAAAACGAAAAGUAGCGCAGAUAUUGUGAGGGAAACAACGAAGGCGACUAGUCCAGUGAACAAGAAAGGCCAACACAAUGGAACUAGUCAGGUGGCUUCCUCUACUUCCAGCAUUCCAGAAUAUAUGAUGAAAUACAUUACAAUUAAGUCAAGAGAACAGAGGCAAAAGUACAAAGACGACUUCAAUGCCGAGUAUGACCAGUAUAGGAAACUACACAACAAAGUUGACAGAAUUACCAAGAAAUUUAUUGAGCUGCAAAACUUGAUGGAACAGACUGCUGAACACAGUGAUAACUAUGAAAGUAUCAAAACCAAAGUGAUUGAGGAGUACCAGCUUAUUAAAAAGGAGCAUCCUGAUUUUCAGGAAGAAAAGAAGGAUUGCCAGACAAUACACUUAAAACUCGCACACAUAAAGAAAUUGAUUGUGGAAUAUGACCAGUCACAGUUGAAGGAGACAUCCACUACGACGUAGUACAUACUCCCAUGUUAUAUCUUCAUCUUAAGUGCAAUUAGGGACAAAGACUUACAGAUUUAACGAUUCAGAUCAAAUAUUAAUUAAUAAAUAAUUAUGCAUGCUAAUUUCCUCAUGUUAUAUUUCUUGCAAAGACUUUUGUUUUUCACUGAUGCAAUAUUCCUGGUUCUGGCCAUCCAAUUUCAUUGAUGUUCUUGUCAACUUCCAAAACUGUGUACACCCGUGUGGGUUGUGGUUUAGGUUUCAAUGUAAGGUUAAUAAGCACACGUCCUUUUGUUGGUUUCACAUGGUUAUUUAUUGGUUUCACUGUUUACAAAGUUUAUUGGAAUAAAUGUUGGCCAAUUAUCAUCCACAAAAUAUUUGCAACAGCAAAUCUCGUUGGAUAGUAAUUUGAUUGUCAUCCUUACUAAAUUUGUGACAGCAAAUCUGAUUGGAUGUCAGCCCAAUUGUCAUUCUCACUAGAUAUUCUGAUUAGCCCAAUUAUCAUCCAUGCAGUACACUCAGUAUGUGACAGCAAAUCUGAUUGGAUAUUAUGUCCAUUGUCAUCCAUAACAGCAAAUCUGAUUGGAUGUUAGCCCAAUUGUCAUUCUCACUAGAUAUUCUGAUUAGCCCAAUUAUCAUCCAUGCAGCACACUCGGUAUGUGACAGCAAAUCUGAUUGGAUAAUAUGGCCAUUGUCAUCCAUAACAGCAAAUCUGAUUGGAUGUUGGUUUAAUUGUCAUUCUCAUUAGUUGUGUGACAGAAAAUCUGAUUGGGUGGUACCCAAAUUUUCAUUCUUGCUUGCUAUAUGGCAACAAAUUCGAUUGGAUGUUGGAUCGAUUGUCAUAUCUGCAGCAAACUCAAUUCACAGUUAGCCAUUCCUUCUUUCUAUUAUGUGAUACUAAUAGAUGCAUAGCCCACUCCCCCUUGUCUCCCCUUCCUCCCCUUGACUUCCUUGACACUUUUGCAUAUCGAUAUAAAAAGUAUUUAUUUUAUGUAAUAAUAACUAAAGUAUAUGUUUGUUGAAUGUUGGUAUAUGCAAAAUGAAUUGAAAUAUUAAUUUCUGAAGAACAAAAACAGAAUUUUUUUUUCUCGCAAUGAUACAUUUGUGGUGACACAUUAAAUCUGUUAAUAUUUAAUAGUGGGAGGGUUGUUCCAAAAGUUAGGGAGCUAAUCACACUGAAUUUCUUUUAAUUGUCCCUCUCUUUGAGUGCUGUAUCCAAAACAAAUUCUACUAAACCUAUACCAGAUUCAUAUUUGCUUCCAGUUAUCUACUGGUUGUGAAAUAAGUCUUUGCCAGUGAUGCGAGUUAACAUGCACCUAGUCUCAAUGAUAACAAUAAAUAGGCUUUAAAAUAAUAAGUAAUAAAAGUAUUACAUAUUUUGCUCUACCUUGAUUUGUUUGUUUUCAAAAUAAAUUUUGAUCAAAAAUAAUUAUCGUUUAAUCAACAGUUAAAAGUAGAGAAAAUUAUUUUGCGGAAUUCAUGUACUAAAAUUUCAAAAUUAAAACAAAAGAAAUAUUUAUUUGACCUAUUAUGAUGAAUUCAAAUUUGUUCUAAAACACUCUAAAAUUGGCCAGUAUUCUGUCAGUGCUUAGUGACUCUUGUGUCGUUGCAGUCGACUUGCCAAAAUUGCAUGCUGUUUUUUUUUAUCUGACAAAUUUUACUUAUUUACACGUAUAUUUCGUUUGAUGUUGAGCAAAAAGGUGCAACACUAAUGACUUUUUUUUGAUAGAUCAAAUCUUAGGUACACAAAGUUGUAAAAGAUGUAUUUUUAUUUUAUUUUUGUUGUUGUCAUUGUUACCAUUCCACUGAUCUUGAUGAUUUUUGUAUGUGCCUCCUGGCUAAGCCUACAUCCUGUGAGAAUGAACCUGCUUGACUGCUAAGGGUCACACAUUCUGGCACUUCUGACCCCUGACCCCUGAAGGUCAGAUCUCUGGACUGUACACAAAGUGGACAUAUAUUUGUUGCCAAAUGUUUUGUGGAAUUGUUUUCAAUGGUGUUUAUUUUGAAGAAAAUGGAACCUUCAAUUUGAAAUAUAAACUUUUUUUUACUUUAGCUGGUAUGCAAAGACUGAUCUACCAAGUAUAGUUUCACUGUUGUGAUGUCGAUCACAUGAAACUGAAAAAAAAAGUGUAUGUUAUUUACAAAGAUACCUGCCUGACAUUUUGUGAAAGAAAGAGAGAGAGAGAGAGUAAAAAAGUACUUUUUGAAUUUACUGACAAAAUACUGGAUUUAUUGACCAUUGCUACGGAAACUGACUUAUGGAUUUUUACUCAUUCUAGCAUAUUUUUGGAGCAGUGACAGAUCAGCUAAUGUGAAUGUCGCCCUCUGGCGGCCAUUGUAUCACCACUUUUGUUUUAUACGACAACUCUGCAGCUGUCACUCAUGGUAUAGUCCUCCAAAUAUACUGCAAAAUGCGCAUAGUUAUUUUAACCUUCAUUUUAAAGGUGGUAUGUAUUUUUAUUUAUCUUCUCUGGUGCUGCUAGCAGGAAAAAAAGUUCUAUUAACGUUGCUUCUCAAAACGUGAACAACACGUAACACAUUUAAUGAAUUCUCAAUUUAGUAACUUGAGGGCAUACACCCUAACUAAGGAAAUCCAAUGGAAUUUACACUGACAGAAUUUAGUAAUGUAAGGCAGUUUACAGUAUUGAUAAGAUUUCAAUACCGACAUGUCUGAUUACAUGAAAUUCAAAUCUGUACUACACUAAGAUGGCUACCAUUUAAAUUACUGUAAAAUACUUUAUUUUUGCUUGGAAUGAAUUUUUGCUAAAGGAGUGAUUCAGUGAAAAUAAAAUCCAGCGAAUAUACAUUUUUUCCAACAUUCAAUCAGUGAAAAUAAAUUACACACAAAACACCCAAAAAGUCUUUUCAGCGAAAAUUAAUUCCAGCUAAAAUAAAGUAUUUUACAGUAUAUAAAAACAUCAUGGCUGAAGAGUGAAUCUGACAAAUAAUUGUAUUUCCUCCUCCAUGUGCUUCACAGGCUAGAGUGAGUAAUGAUAAACUAUGAAUUGGAGCUAGAAUAUGUGAACUUUUUAUUCUAAUAAUAAAAGUUUUUAUACAAGAAACAAUAUUCUAACCAAACUUCAGUGUUUUGACUGUUAUAUAUAUGUAUGUGUACACGCACUGAGUUCAUUGAUGGAAAGAAAGAUUGGUGCACUGUAUUACCUAUUUCAAGAAACAUUAGAAUUAAUUGAACAGAAUUUUGUAACAAGAGUGAAAUGUGUUGUAAUUUAUUUUUUAAGGGGGAUGCAAGAUAGAUGUGGUACUUGGCCUUAAUUUGUCUUGAAAAUUAUCAAAACCCGUUGAAAAGCUGGCAUACAUGGUUCACUUUGUUAUUAAAGUUGACAUGAACACUGUUGUUCUUGUGGUCUUGAAUAAAAUUAUUGUUGCGUGUGUUUGAUCUGCAACAAAAGAAAAACAAAGAUCUUGGAGUUUUAAUUUUAAAUAGCGACUUUAAUGGAUCAUCUUGGAAAUAUCAACAUCUUAUGUUAAGACUUGAAGAGUGUUUUUGAUUCUUUUACUUUGUAAAAUUAUUUGAUUUACAUUAAGAUUUAAAACAAAUGUCCAGUUGCCACUGAGAGAAAAAGAAAAAAAAAGUUAUUUUAGCAAAUUAUAUUUUCAUCAUUUUAAUAGUAUAAAUUUACAUAAUUUACCUUGGAUGGGGUGAAAUACGCUGCCAAGCACCAGGUGUGUUAAAUCAUAUCCCCUUUUCAUAUGUAACAGAGAAAUGUGACACAAGUGACUAUGGUUUUCUCAGUAAACAAUGUUGCUGGUUUCAUCUGGCAUAUCACGUCAUUUUCACAGUGCCCUGGGGAGGUGUGCAUUUUUUCAAAUUGGCUCUCAGUUUACUAUCUUUAAUUUUAUCUUCUCUGCCCAGUCGUUUUAGCUGAGCUAUUAAUAAAAGGACUAAAUAAAGUCAUUCUGCAA